AUGUCCGAUGUGAAGAGAUGGACAACUCUAUCACUUCUUCCACCAGAUUUUGUAGCUGAAAUUGAGUCAUGUGCUGUGUUUGGAAGUUCUGGCAGUGAAGUCUUAAUGAUCACAAAAGACGAUGAAGUAUAUGGAUUGGGAACGAACUUCUGUUCAUGUUUAGGAGCUCCAUCAAUAUCAACAUUGAAUCCAAUCAGAAUCGAAUGUUUAUCAGGGAAACGAAUCCGUCAGAUAUCAUUCGGGUCUGGUCCUCAUGUCAUAGCAUUGUCAGAAGUUGGCUCGGUUUACUCUUGGGGCCACAAUGCUUUUGGACAACUUGGCCUGGGUCAUUCUUUACAAGGAACCUCACCCACUCUAAUAGCAGGAAUACUGAAGAAUGAAAAGAUUACGUUCAUUUCCUGUGGUGGACAUCAUUCGGUAGCAAUAUCAGAGAAAGGCGAAGUGUUCACUUGGGGUAUGAAUUCGUCUGGUCAAUUGGGAUUGGGGGACACAAAUAACCAAGAUACACCUAAAAUGGUCCCAUUAUACAACCGUCUGAUCAUAUCCGCUGCUUGUGGGCAUAACAGCACCGUCGUUCUUUCGCAAUCAGGCGAUGUGUAUGCUUGGGGUUUCAAUGGGAAUGGACAAAUUGGCAGUGGAUGUACUUAUAAUCAGCUGAUUCCUUUUCACAUAGAAAGUCUAUCAAAAUCUGGACCAAUCAUACAGAUUGUAUGCGGCUACGCUCAUACUCUUGCCCUCUCUGAUCAAGGAAAGCUCUAUGUGUGGGGUUCAAACAGUUGUGGGCAAUUAGGAAAUCAUAAUCUGAGAAAAAACGUUGGAGAGCCUAUUCAAACUGCCGAAGAUCUUGGACUGAUAACAGAGGUGGGUGCUGUUCAUUCAUGCAAUGUUACAGCUGUGUCUAACAAAAACGGAAAAGUCUUCAUGUGGGGUCAUUUGAGGGGACAGACUGUCUCCGUGCCGAUUGAGACCCGCUUUCGUAGAGUUGAUGAUUGUUUCUCUUGUUUCGCUAGUCCCGCAGUGAGCUUCCGAAUGCUUUAUUUUCAAAACUCUAGGCAGAAAACCAUCUUGGACUCACUCAAAGUGGCUUUCGAUGAUCCGAUUUCUUCAGAUCUCGUCAUUUCCGUUGAAGGCAACCGGAUACAUGUACACAAAUCGUUGUUGAAAAUCCGAUGUGAAUACUUCAAAACUCGACUCGGCGGUUUAUGGGAGGAAAACAAUGGAAAUAUCAUCGAAGUUAAAGACUUUCCCUUUUCCAUUUACAAAUCUUUCCUUUUCUGGGUUUACACAGACGAAUUGACAGUUGAUGGCGUAGAAGAUGCAGUUGGUUUACUCGAGCUAUCAAACUGCUACUGUGAGACAGUUUUGAAAACAAAAUGUGCAAACUUCUUAGAAAAAGUGAUUUCCAUCGAGAAUGCAGCACAGCUGUAUGCCAUUUCACUUAAGUACAAUGUUCAUACUUUGGAAGAGCACUGUUUCCGAUUUUGUAUGAACCACAUGACAGCUGUGACACAAUCCGAAUCAUUUCGUGUUCUGGAUGACUUCUCCUUGAAACAACUCAUUUCGAGAGCUUCCCGGGAAGGAGUGUUCAAACGCUGA